UCGAUCAUAUUUGUUCUCGAACGUACAGCCCUAUAUUCAUGUAGUAGGAAGUUCGUCGCAUUUGGGAAGAGGUCGCAAAAUGGAAGCUACAGCGAAGCAUGAAUUCCAAGCUACCGCAGAAGAUGAGCUUUCUUUUAAGAAAGGGUCGAUUUUAAAGAUUAUCAAAACAGAUGACGAUAAAAAUUGGUAUAAGGCUGAACAAGAAGGGCGAUCGGGGCUUGUUCCAGCGAACUACAUCCAGUUGAAACCGCACAGUUGGUUUCAUGGCAAAAUCACACGAGCUAAAUCAGAAGAACUGCUUUUGAAACAGAAAUUUGAUGGUGCUUUUCUCAUCAGAGAAAGCGAAAGUACGCCAGGGGAUUUUUCACUGUCCGUGAGAUUUGGUGAAGGUGUACAACACUUUAAAGUCUUACGCGAUGGGGCUGGCAAGUAUUUCUUGUGGGUUGUUAAGUUUAACUCAUUGAACCAGCUAGUCGACUAUCAUCGCACAUCCUCUGUCAGCAGAUCACAGACUAUUUACUUAAAAGAGAUGCAAGAUGAAGAGCAACAAGAUACAUACAUUGCGGCAUAUGAAUUCCGACCAGAAGAAGAAGGAGAGUUGUACUUUAAACGUGGAGAUUCUAUAAAGGUUAUUGAUAUGGAAGAUGCAAAUUGGUGGAAAGGCAUAAACUUAUCAACUGGAAGUGAAGGGCUUUUCCCUGCUACUUAUGUGCAAAAGAAGUCUUAAAAUUCAAUUUUACACUCUGAAGAAGUAUGUUGUUUCAUAUGAUCAUUGAUAAGUCUGAGUGGUAUCAUUUGCUAUUUUGGAGUGAAAUUUUCUGAAAAUAGAUGCACUGAAAAUUGCUGAAUUACCAACAAAAAUAGAAGCAACACAGGGAAACAUUUACUGAAUUUUUCUCUGUUUACAAUUUUUUUGUUUUCUGUUAAUAUGACAUUAUAGAAUAUGUAUUUUAAACAACUGGGUAAAUUAUUGCAUGAUUGCCUUUUUUUUUCCAUUUCAUCAAAUGAUAAUGAUUAUUAUUCAUAUGCAGUUUAGGUUAAGGGAGUAAACUUUGCCCUUGCACUCCCCUCAAGAUGACUACAUUUCCUUCCUCUGCCCUCCCUCUUUGGCUGUUAACAGAAGGCCAAUUCCUACUUGUCUCUUCCAACAAGAACCAGGUCAUUGGCUAGACAAUAACAUGGUCAUUGUGAUCACAAACAUAGUUGACAGUGAGUUAGUGUUUCCAAUGAUAUUUUGAAGAAGAGAUGCAGCUUGAGUGCAGCAGAACAUAAUUGUGUGAAUGCUGGUGUGAUGUCGAUGCUGUGUACUCCCCUUUACUGAACUGAAGAAUGCCUAAAUUUGGGCCCUACUUCUACAUAAAGUCCUGAAAGAGUUGGAAUUUCACACAUGCAUCUAACAAACUUCAAGACAGAGCUAGUAAAUAGGUUAAUAAUUUUUACUGAUGAAGAUGUCUUUUGAUUAUUUUUACAAAAUGUGGCAGGUCCAAUAUAAUUUGAACCGGGUUUGGAAAUUGGGGCAACUUUUGAAGUAUCACUUAAGACCUGAUGGGAACUUUUUCCUGCAUAUGUUAGAGUAUAACUUUUUUUGAAACCACUGAUACCCAUAAAACACCUGGCUUUCUGUUUGGCUGUGAAAACUCUGUAAAUAGAAACUCCUUGAGCUCUUGUAUUUUUUGAUUGUAAACAUAAUUUAGAUAUUAGUUAAAUCAUAGUAAUUGUAUUUGUACCUUUUUUUGGGAGGGGGGGUAGUUGGGUGGUGGUUUCUCCAAUUUUUUCCCAUUUUGUCACUCCCCUACUCGUUUUUUCCCCUUUGUAUACAGGAUCAUUAUUAUAAUGACCUUAGUUUCAAGUUCUGAUGUCUCCAUUUCUGGCUUUUCUUUUUAUUUCCAAACCAAAUGUUAAUGGCCAUGAUAGACAUGUAAGAGCACCCCUUUUCUUUACUCUUAGUUUGCUUGCCAGUUCAAUUAUAUUUGAUGAUGACAUCUUUCCUAGGUAAGCUGACAUUAGCCUUCUGGGUGGGCACUUUUAAGGAUGUGUUUGUGGGGCAUCCUACAGACUCUUUCUAGAUGGCUCGUCUGAUCGCACUACUGCUCUCUAGCCACUGAUCUAAUCAAUGAUCAUGAUUUAAUCUCCACAAAGCAUGGAAGAAGUUCCUUGAUGAAAGCUUAGGUCAUUGUCCCCACCACAUAAUUACCAAAACUGCUUUUGGAAGUAUCAUUUAAUUUAUGAUUUGUAUGUAUCCAAUCACUGCUAUUGUUCUUCAACAAUAUAUAAUUUAUGCUAUGUAGAUUUCCAGUAUAAAUUUGUAAUUUACGUGAUUGUAGUGGGUUCAAAAUUGGUUUGGACUUAUUGGUGUUGUCUAGAUUUAUUUUUGUUAGCUUUUGUUUACCAAAUGCCAUACACAUGUCUGUUUUUCUGGUUGAGAAAGCGAAUAAGGCCCUCCAAAAAAAAACUGUAGGGCUGGAUUAAUGCACAUAAUGUAGAACUCCAAAUUGGUAAGAAGGUUCAAAUGAUUUACUAGAAAAGCAUAAUUCUAAUUUUAAUGCAUAUAUUAAUAAAAAAAUAAUUUUCUGCCAAA